UCCCCACACAACGGUACUAGAAAAAUUUUGGAGCUUUCUCUUUUUUUUCCAAUUCGUAGAGAGUUCGCAAAACGUCUAAAUCCAACAUCCAAAACUCCAUUUGCAAUUGCCAUUGGAACAAAUCAGUUCCUUUCUUCCCGCCAACACCGUCGUGAGUGUGUUUGAAUAUCUACAAAAGGUAAAAUACUACGGCUGGCAAAAAUGGCAACCAAAGAGAUUAAGCCCAAGGAGGACGAGUUCUCAAUUAAGCCUACCGCGGUCACUCCGUCUCUUGACACGAGCACAUGGCCGUUGCUGCUGAAGAACUACGACAAACUUCUUGUCCGAACCGGACAUUUCACUCCCAUCCCCAAUGGCAGCUCGCCUUUGACUCGAGAUCUCAAGUCAUACAUUAGCUCCGGCGUGAUCAACCUCGACAAACCUUCCAAUCCUUCCAGUCACGAAGUCGUUGCUUGGGUGAAGAGAAUCCUACGUGUUGAAAAGACUGGCCACAGUGGUACUCUUGAUCCCAAGGUUACCGGUUGCUUGAUCGUCUGCAUUGACCGUGCUACUCGACUUGUAAAAUCUCAACAAGGUGCUGGAAAAGAAUAUGUUGCCGUCAUUCGAUUACACGACAAGCUUCCUGGUGGAGAAGCGCAAUUCUCCCGCGCACUUGAAACAUUGACCGGUGCUCUAUUCCAACGACCUCCUCUAAUUUCCGCUGUGAAGCGACAACUUCGUAUCCGAACUAUCCACGAGAGCCGAGUCAUCGAAUUCGACAAUGACCGCCACCUUGGCAUUUUCUGGGUCAGUUGCGAGGCGGGUACAUACAUCCGAACUUUAUGCGUCCAUAUGGGUCUUUUGCUAGGUGUCGGUGCGCACAUGCAAGAGCUGAGACGUGUGCGAAGUGGUGCUAUGGACGAGACGAAGGAUCUAGUCACACUCCAUGAUGUCCUCGAUGCUCAAUGGACGAUGGACAACACUCGUGACGAAUCCUACCUACGCAAAGUUAUUUCUCCUCUUGAGACCCUUCUCACUUCCUACAGGAGAAUUGUGGUCAAGGACAGUACCGUCAACGCCAUUUGCUAUGGUGCAAAGCUUAUGAUUCCCGGUCUUCUACGAUAUGAGGAUGGUAUUGAGGUACACGAGGAAGUUGUCUUGAUGACUACGAAGGGUGAAGCUAUUGCUCUCGGCAUUGCUAUGAUGUCGACCGUCGAGAUGUCCUCUUGCGAUCACGGUGUAGUGGCAAAGGUGAAGCGAUGCAUCAUGGAGCGUGAUCUGUACCCUCGCCGAUGGGGCUUGGGUCCUACUGCUACUGAGAAGAAGAAGCUUAAGGCAUCUGGAAAGCUGGACAAGUUUGGACGAGCGAACGAGGCAACCCCCGCCAAGUGGACCUCCGAGUACAAGGACUACAGCGCCCCAGCCGAUGGUGUAGCACCGACACCGGUUGCUGAUGUUUCGAUGACGGAAGCCCCCGCCUCGGUUCCUGCCCCGGACACUCCAUCCGCGCCUACACCGGCUGCUGGUGAUGACGACAAGAAGAAGCGCAAGAAGCACGACGGCGAGACGGCAGAGGAGAAGGCAGAGCGCAAGAAGCGAAAGGCUGAGAAGAAGGCGGCCAAGGAGGCCAAGCGCGCCUCUCUAGGCAAGCAAGCCGACUCCGACUCGGAAUAAACGAACCCCUCGAAUUCCAGGUUGAACCUCUCCCGAGUAGCCUCUCGUUGAUACCUUCGGUCGGUCGGUUAUUGCCCCAUUGCAUGUACAUGCAUUUGCUUACGGCGUUAUCUGCUGUAUUAUACAGUUUCUGAGGGUCAGGAAAAUCGGCGUUUAGGAAUUUUUUUACCCUUUUUUAUUUUCUCGUCAGUCAUGAGGUUUCGAUGUCGGGGAUGAUGGAGUGCGGAUCCUGAAUCGACGUAGAUAGCAGGAAAUGCCGCGUAUUUGCACAUAUUAAGUGUUCUUAUGAUCUUUGAUCUUGUUUGUGUGAUAUGG